AUUCAAAAAAAAUGGGGAAAAAAAAGAUACAGAUUAAGAAAAUUAUGGAUCCUAAGACACAGAUUACAACGUUUUCAAGGCGCAGGAACGGAUUAUUAAAAAAGGCAUAUGAAUUGUCAGUUUUGUGCGGUAUUGAUGUUACAAUUCUUAUAUUUGAUGAAAAAAACAAGUGUCAUGUUUAUUGUUCAAAUGAAAAGGAGAAUGCAGCAGAAAUUAUGAUGCAAAAGUAUAUUGAUAGACGAUUUAAAACAGAUACAUCAAAAAAACAUAGUGAAUCUAUUGGAUUAGAAUGCCAAUUGGACAAAACUAUACACGAGAAUGAUGGGUAUAAUUUGAAUGAUAGAAAUGAAAGUGUAGCAAUUGUUCAAACAUAUCAAGUAAUGCGAAAUGAUAAUCAGAAAAAAGGGACGUCUCUUUCAUAUAUUCCUUCAGAAGAAUGUUUAGAUGAAACAGACAAAACAGAAGGACUUUAUGUAAAAUCGAAACGAACAUAUCAUGUAUAUACUGAGUCACCUAAGAAAGAAGUAGAGACAGAAUAUCGAAGAUCAGAUUCAUAUUUUCUUGAACAGUUUCAAAAUGAGUUUAUAGAUCAAUAUCAAAACAAUAAUCUUCAAAGUGAUUAUACUAAUCAUACACAGUCAACUGCCAAUUCUAAUAAUACAUUUUUCCAAUCUUAUCCAUACACAUAUAUGAUGAAUAAUAAUUGUAAUUUUGGAAAAUCGGUUCCUAACUUACGAAUGUUCUCAAGUCUUGAAAACAUAUCUCAAAAUUCUGCACCUAUGGUUCACAAUAAUCGGAUAAGUCCUAUCUACAAUUAUUUACAUCAAAAGUCUCCAGAACUCCUAUUAUUUAACUCUUUAAAAAAAUUCAAUAACCAAUUGUCUUCAGACUUUGAAAUAAAUAAUCAGAGUGAAUCAAAUAUGUUAAACAAUAUUAUGCAGGAACCAUAUAAAGAAGUAACUUCAAAUCCUUUAUCUCCAAAUGACGAAAAAUACAACAUUCCAAAUGGAAUUUUGACAGAUUUUCAAAACCAUCUUUAUAUUUAUGAUUAAAAAAUCUAUUUUAUUUUGAAUCUAUAUUACAACAAA